AAGCUUAUGCUGUGUUAUAUAUAUACCAAUACCAUGUUGCCACCAACAACGUACUAACACAAUUCACACCCACCAUUGGAUCCACCAAUCUCCAACCUUCUUCUCCACUGUUCCGUUUCUCUCUCCAACGAAGCUCAUUUGAUCUGGGUUUCUCUUGUUUUUGUGUUGAAGGAGAGUCUUUUGUUUUUUGUGGCGAGUUUGUUGCACGUUUAAGAAGCAAUGGCACGCAAGAAGAUCAGAGAGUAUGACUCCAAGAGGUUGUUGAAGGAGCACUUUAAGAGAAUCUCUGGCCAGGAGUUGCCCAUCAAGUCUGCACAGGUUACAGAAUCCACCAAUUUCAGUGAGCUAGCAGAGAAGGAACCCUGGCUUUUAUCUUCAAAAUUGGUUGUGAAACCAGACAUGUUAUUUGGAAAGCGUGGCAAAAGUGGUUUGGUUGCCUUGAAUCUAGAUUUGGCAGAAGUUGAUUCUUUUGUGAAAGGGCGUCUUGGCAAAGAGGUUGAGAUGGGUGGAUGCAAAGGACCUAUAACAACUUUCAUUGUUGAACCUUUUAUCCCUCACAAUGAGGAGUUUUACCUUAACAUUGUCUCAGAGAGACUAGGGAACAGUAUAAGCUUUUCUGAAUGUGGAGGGAUUGAAAUUGAGGAGAAUUGGGAUAAGGUCAAGACUGUAUUUAUGCCAACAGGAGUGUCUCUUACAUCAGAGAGUAUUGCCCCACUUGUUGCAACACUUCCCUUAGAGAUCAAGGGAGAAAUUGAGGAAUUUCUCAAGGUGAUUUUCACUCUAUUUCAAGACCUGGAUUUUACUUUCUUGGAGAUGAAUCCUUUCACUUUGGUCAAUGGAAAGCCUUAUCCUCUGGACAUGAGGGGCGAACUUGAUGACACUGCUGCUUUCAAGAACUUCAAGAAAUGGGGAAACAUUGAAUUUCCAUUGCCAUUUGGAAGGGUUAUGAGUACUACAGAGGCUUUCAUUCAUGGAUUAGAUGAAAAGACAAGUGCAUCUUUGAAAUUCACAGUAUUAAACCCAAUGGGCCGAAUUUGGACAAUGGUUGCUGGGGGAGGUGCUAGUGUUAUCUAUGCUGAUACGGUAGGAGAUCUUGGUUAUGCUCCUGAGCUUGGAAACUAUGCAGAAUAUAGUGGUGCACCCAAGGAAGAUGAGGUCUUGCAGUAUGCCAGAGUAGUGAUUGAUUGUGCAACUUCAAAUCCUGAUGGCCAAAAGCGAGCCCUUGUGGUAGGUGGAGGAAUAGCUAACUUUACUGAUGUUGCUGCUACAUUCAGCGGCAUAAUCCGUGCUCUGAAGGAGAAGGAACAAAAGCUAAAAGAAGCAAAGAUGCACAUCUAUGUGAGGAGAGGAGGUCCCAACUACCAGAAGGGUCUAGCAAAAAUGAGGGCACUCGGAGAGGAAAUUGGCAUUCCUAUUGAGGUUUAUGGACCUGAGGCAACAAUGACUGGUAUAUGCAAACAGGCAAUCCAAUACAUCACUGCUGCUGCUUAAUUAUCCAUUCUUAGGCCAAUGCCUUCUAUUACAAGUAUUUUCAUGGCUAGUUUGAAGUGAUUGUUGAUUCUUGGUUCCCUUUCCAACUCUCAGAAUUGGUAACUUUGGUGAGUUAGAGCAUAGGCUGUUACAAAUAGUCAUUUAGUCAUCAAAUAAAGUGGUCAAGAGUGUUUUGUAUCGUCUAGAAUUCUGAUAUUACAGUCUUGGCACAAUAAACUGGAAUGUGUAAUUGUUUUAUGCUAUGCCAAGCUGGAAUUUUAUGGCUCUCGGCUUUACUUUCAGCAAGUAAAUUGAUUUUCUUUCCACUUUAUGGGAACUUAAAUUUCUGUUUAAAAGGGUCUUUCAAUAAACUUGUUUAUGUACUCCCUCCGUUUCA